UCAUUGCAGCAUAACAUAUGGAUCGAGCAAAUUUUCAAGAAAAGGGAUUGUGCAAAAUUUAUUGCCAGUGUUAAAUACCCUCAAAAGAGAUCUUAUAAAAUACAUGACGAAAAGUGGUCUAUUCGAAAGCAUACUUCUUUGUUUCCCACAGAUGCUUAUGGAACUAUCGAGUUUCAAGGCGGCCCUCAUCCACAUAAAGCAUAUUUUCUGAGGUUGAGUUAUGAUACCGAUCCAGCUCAUAUUAUGGAUUUGUUCGAAAAAAUUUGGGAAAUGCCUCCUCCAAAGCUUAUUAUAACGGUGCAUGGUGGAACUACAAAUUUCAACUUGCAACCAAAAUUAGCUCGUAUUAUCCGCAAAGGACUUCUGAAGGCUGCCACAACCACUGGAGCUUGGAUUAUAACAUCUGGUUCGAUAUUUGUUUCUCUGCAAAGGAACGAUAAUUGCUUUAAACAUCGAUCAAAAGUUGUUUGUCUUGGUAUUGUGCCGUGGGGAAUAUUGAAAAAGAAGGAAGAUUUGUUUGGCCAGGUCCAACCAGUUUUCUUUUCCAUUAAAAAACUAUUUUUUAAUUUUUAUUUUUCUAGAUAUGGAGCCGAUUUGAUAUUGAGGAAGAGGUUAGAAGCUUAUAUUAAAAUUGGUGAUGGAUCCCGAAGUGUGCCUGUUGUUUGUUUGGUUGUUGAAGGUGGAACUCGCACAGUUCGUGCUGUUCACGACUAUGUAACAAAUAAUCCGAAAGUACCGAUUGUCGUAUGUGAUGGUAGUGGGCGAGCUGCUGAUUUACUGGCAUUCACUCAUCAAUAUAUCCAAGAGGAUGGGAAGCUUCCCGAUUUGAUUAAACCUCAAUUAUUAAACCUGAUUGAAUCCGUUUUUGCUUGUAAUAAACAAACAGCUGAAAAACUUUUGCGAGAAUUAACACUAUGUGCGGCGCAAAAACAUUUGAUAACGGUUUUUCGUUUGGGUGAAAGCGAGAAACAUGAUGUAGACCAUGCCAUUUUGACAGCACUUUUAAAAGGUCAGAAUCUUUCACCUUCUGAUCAAUUGGCUUUAGCUCUGGCUUGGAAUCGAGUUGAUAUAGCUCGUUCUGAUAUCUUCGUUCUUGGCCAAGAGUGGCCUAAAUCGGCUUUGCAUAAUGCAAUGAUGGAUGCCCUUAUCAAUGAUCGAGUGGACUUCGUGCGUUUAUUAUUGGAAAAUGGUGUUAGUAUGAACAAAUUUUUAACUAUAGGGCGGCUGGAAGAACUAUAUAACACGGAUAAAGGUCCUUCAAAUACGUUAUAUUAUAUUGUUCGUGAUGUCGUUAAAAUUCGACCAGGAUAUCGAUAUCGAAUUCCUCAUAUUGGCUUAGCUGUGGAGAAAUUGAUGGGUAAUGCGUACAAGUCACGUUAUAAAGAAGAAUUAAAGGUAAAAUUUUUGUUUACAUCUCUCGGCAAUGCACCGUCUAGUUUCAAUGGCUUAAAAGAAACAGUAAUUACAAUUGAUAACGUCGACAAGCAACGUGAAGAUGAUUUCACUUAUCCCUUUAAUGAACUUCUUAUUUGGGCUGUUCUUACAAAACGACAAGAAAUGGCUUUAUGCAUGUGGCAACAUGGCGAAGAAGCUUUGGCGAAAGCACUUGUUGCGUGCAGAUUGUAUAAAAGUAUGGCAGAAGAAGCAGCAGAAGAUUAUCUUGAAGUCGAAAUAUGUGAAGAACUGAGAAAAUAUGCCGAAAUAUUUUAUUAUAGAGAGUUCCGUAAAUUAUCAUUAUCGUUACUGGAGCAUUGCUACCAAAAUGAUGAUGCACAAACACUCAAGCUGCUAACUUAUGAACUGUCGAAUUGGGGCAAAGAAACAUGUUUGUCGCUUGCAGUAAUCGUCCGAAAUAAACAGUUUUUUGCUCACCCGUGUUGUCAAAUACUUUUGGCUGAUUUAUGGCAUGGUGGCUUGCGGAUUCGCAGCCAUUCAAAUCUGAAAGUGCUUUGCGGUUUACUUUGUCCUUUCUACAUAUUUCUUCUUGAAUUCAAGUCUCGCGAAGAAUUGAUGCUUCAACCACAGACAGUGGCGGAACAUGAGGACGAUAUUAAUUAUAGUUCUAGUUCAAGUUCUAGUUCUUCAGCGAGUGAUUCUUCGUCUGAUUCUGAUUAUAGUAGUGAUGAAGCAUCUCACCAGUUCCAAGUUAAUUGUAAUAUUAUUUCUUCUAUUAUUUUUCGUAGCCUAAUUUUGUUUUCAAUGGCUUUCAUUGGCUUCAAUGGUUUUAUCUGUGAUACCGAAGAGUUUACUUUUUAUCUAGGAUUUCAGCGACCUAUAAAAUUGCGUCGUAAGUUGUAUGAAUUUUUUGUGGCUCCUAUCACCACCUUUUGGGCAUGGACACUCAGUUAUGUUGUUUUUCUUUGUUUUAAUACAUAUUGUCUGUUGGUAAAGACUCCAGCUUCGCCUAGUUAUGCUGAAUUAUUCUGCUUUUUAUAUAUAUUAACCUGUUCUUGCGAGUAUUUUCGAAAGGUACGCUCAAAUCUUUUCUAUUAUUCUUCGAAGUAUUUUUUCUCAAAUGUGUGGAACAUCAUAGCCACAAUAGCAAUUAUAACAUAUUUUAUUGGUUUCACUCUUCGUUGCUUUCCUAUAACAGCAGCUUCUGGACGCAUUAUAUUAUCAUGUAAUUCAGUAUUAUGGAAUAUUAAAUUACUCGAUUUUUUGAGCGUUCAUCCUCGUAUGGGUCCCUACAUUACAAUGGCUGGUAAAAUGAUUCAAAAUAUGGCAUAUAUGAUUGUCCUAUUGUUUGUAUCACUUUUGGCUUUUGGUCUAGCGCGACAGUCAAUAACAUACCCAAAUGAAGAAUGGAACUGGAUUUUACUUAGAAAUGUUUUUUAUAAACCAUAUUUUAUGCUCUAUGGUGAAGUUUAUGCUGAUGAAAUCGAUACUUGCGGUGAUGAAGCUUGGGAUAAACAUCUUGAGUUGGAAACCCCAAUUAGUGUUUUGUACAACGGGUCUUAUGCCACGAACUGUGUGCCAGGAUAUUGGUUACCUCCGCUUUUAAUGACAUUUUUCCUUCUUGUCGCUAAUAUUCUUUUGAUGAGCAUGCUGCUGGCUGUUUUCAACAAUAUAUUUUCUCAAACGGAUUACAUGUCUAAAGAAAUUUGGUUGUUUGAGCGUUAUAGACAAGUUAUGGAAUAUGAAAGCACACCUUUUUUACCACCACCUUUUACUCCAAUAUAUUAUAUUUGGAUGUUUAUCAAAUAUAUUAAAAAAAAAGUAUCUAGAUUUAUUAAAAAUAUUUUAGAGUUAUUUCUUGAUCCUGAUCAAGUGGAAAAAUUGCAUGAUUUUGAGGAAGACUGCAUGGAAAGUUUGGCAUGUGAGAAAGAAUUUUUAAAGAAUAUAUCCGUUGAAGAAAGAAUUCAUCGUACAGCUGAAAGGUUCUUUUAA